AUGCCCGUCUCUGCCUCGCUCCACCAAGAUGGCAGCCAGGAGCGGCCCGUGAGCCUGACCUCCACCACCUCUUCGUCAGGCUCCUCCCGUGACAGCCGCGGGGCCAUGGAGGAGCCCAGCGGCUCCGAGGCUUCGGCCGAGAACGGGGCCGGCUCCCCGCGUGGCCGGCGUCUCCCCAACAACAACUCCAGCAGCUGGCUGAGCAUGAGGGGCUCCCUGUCCCCUUUCAACAGCCGGGCGUCGGUGGCGCCUGUGCACAAGCUCAGCUACGUGGGUCGAGUAGUGCGGGAAAUCGUGGAAACGGAGCGCACGUACGUGCAGGACCUGCGCAGCAUCGUAGAGGACUACCUCUUGAAGAUCAUUGACACACCUGGGCCGCUGAACCCGGAGCAAGUCAGUGCCCUUUUUGGAAACAUAGAAAGCAUCUACGCACUGAACAGCCAGCUACUCAGAGACCUGGACAGCUGCAAUAGUGACCCGGUGGCUGUGGCCAGCUGCUUUGUGGAAAGGAGCCAAGAGUUUGAUAUCUACACCCAGUAUUGCAACAACUACCCCAACUCAGUGGCUGCCCUGACCGAGUGCAUGCAGGACAAGCAGCAGGCCAAGUUCUUUCGGGACCGGCAGGAGCUGCUGCAGCACUCACUGCCCUUGGGCUCCUACCUCCUAAAGCCAGUCCAGCGCAUCCUCAAGUACCACCUGCUACUCCAGGAAAUCGCCAAACAUUUUGAUGAGGAGGAGGACGGCUUUGAGGUGGUAGAGAACGCCAUUGACACCAUGACUUGCGUGGCCUGGUACAUCAACGACAUGAAGAGGAGACAUGAGCACGCAGUCCGUCUCCAGGAGAUUCAGUCUCUGCUCAUCAACUGGAAGGGGCCAGACCUGACCACCUAUGGGGAGCUCGUCCUGGAGGGCACAUUCCGCGUACACCGUGUGCGCAGCGAGAAGACCUUUUUCCUCUUUGACAAAGCACUGCUCAUCACCAAGAAGCGGGGAGAUCACUUUGUCUACAAGGGUCACAUCCCGUGCUCCUCCCUGAUGCUGAUUGAGAGCACCAGAGAAUCCCCAUGCUUCACCGUCACACACUACAAGCACAGCAAGCAGCAGUACAACAUCCAGGCCAAAACUGUGGAGGAGAAACGGAGCUGGACUCACCACAUCAAGAGGCUCAUCCUGGAGAACCACCAUACCACCAUCCCCCAGAAGGCCAAAGAAGCCAUCUUGGAAAUGGAUUCCUAUUAUCCCAAUCGGUACCGCCACAGCCCAGAGCGUCUGAAGAAGCCCUCCCAGGAUGAGGUGUCCACCCCUGUGCACCAGGGGCGCCGGCAGUCUGAGCCUGGUCAGCUCCUGUACAACCGGGCAACACUCCCCAGCAGGCAGCGAGGCUUCACGGUGCCAGGCCUUAAGGGCCAUAGAAAGUCGGAGCCAUCCAGACAUCUGCUCAGACAACUCAGCGAGAAAGAUGUGGCUUUCUCUGUGAAGCCUCCCCAGUCCCAGCUGCUGCAGGAGGCGGGGGGCUGCCCCGAGGCCUGUCACGAGGGGGCCUUGUGCUCUGAACAGCAUGCGGGCAGUGUUGGCAUACUCCUGGACUUUGAACAGCCCCCCUGUGCUCGGAGCCUGCAGUCGGAGGCUGAAGGGGCUGCCCGGGAGGAGGAGGAGGAAGAACAGGCCUUUCAGGUCUCCCUGGAGGACCUGGCAGGGCAUGAAGUCCACGAGCAGGGGGCUGGGCCAGAGCCCCCAGGCGAGGAGGAGCAGGAGGACAGCCUGGCAGUGGCGGAGCAGGUAGCUGACUUUGCCAGCUCCCUGCUGGCCGCCCUGCACUGCUGGCACUAUCGGGCCAACGCUUUACUUUUCUCCCGGGGCGCUAUGGGGAAGGGGCGCAGGGAGCCCGAAGACCCCAAGAGCUGCCGAAGGCCCAGCAGCCGAUCUCCAACCACCGCUGAGAAGUGCCUGAGCUUUGAGUCUGUGUCUUCCCUGCCGGAGGUUGAGCCAGACCCUGAGUCUGGGACAGAGCAGGAGGUGUCUGCUGCCAUGGAAGGUCCUAGGACCGAGGAGAUGCCCUCAGACACAGAGGCUCCAGAAGUCCUAGAAAUGCAGCUUGACACCCACCAGCUGCUGCUGGGACUGGACCCCCCGGGUGACGUGGUGGACUUCAUGGUGGCCGAGAGCACCGAGGACCCUAAGGUCCUCAGCAGUGAGGACGAGGAGGAGGAGAUGGGGGCCGCCCACGAGCCCGAGAGCCUCCUGCCUCCCUCUGUGCUGGACCAGGCCAGCGUCAUUGCCGAGCGGUUCGUCAGCAGCUUCUCUCGGCGGAGCAGCCUGGCGCUGGAGGACGGCAAGUCCAGCGGCUUCGGGACCCCGAGGCUGACCAGCCGGAGCAGCAGUGUGAUCAGCCUAGAGGACAGUGAGAAGGGCCUGGCCCGACGUGGGAGCACCACAGACCCCCUGGGCUCUCAGCUCCCUCCAGAAGUGGACAUCAGUAUGGGGGUGGCCGCAGAGAGUGACCCUUCUGUCAACGGGACAGAGACCCAGAGCCCAGGCUGCUCAGCGGAGCCAGACAGGCCUUCCUGCACGAAGGAAUCGAAGCUUUCUUCCCGAGACCGGCUGUUGUUGGACAAAAUCAAGAGCUACUAUGAAAGUGCAGAGCACCACGAUGCAGGCUUCAGUGUCCGGCGCCGGGAGAGCCUCUCCUUCAUCCCCAAAGGACUGGUGAGAAACUCAGUCUCCAGAAUCAACAGCCUUCCCAGGCCAGACCUGGAGCCAGUGGCUCCGCUGGGGCAUAAGAGACAGGUGGGCUCGCAGGCAGCCUCGUGGGCCCUCUUUGACUACCCAGGACCAGGCCAGGCUCGUGCUGGGGACCCAGCUCCCUUCACAGAUGCUGAGUUCCGCCCGUCUUCGGAAAUUGUGAAGAUCUGGGAGGAAGUGGAGUCUUCUGAGGGCAGCCCUCGGAAGGGACCAGGCCAAGGCCAGGCCAAUAGCUUUGACCUGCACGAGCCCCUCUUCAUCCUGGAGGAGCGUGAGCUGGGGGCCAUCACUGAGGAGUCGUCUGCUGCCUCGCCUGAGCGUGCCUCCCCGACUGAGCCCCCCAGCCCGGCCCACCUGGCCCGGGAGCUGAAGGAGCUGGUGAAGGAGCUGAGCAGCAGCACCCAGGGGGAGCUGGUGACCCCGCUACACCCCCGCAUCCUGCAGCUCUCCCACGUGAUAGACAGCCACAUGAGUGAGCGAGUCAAGAGCAAGGUCUACCAGCUGGCUCGCCAGUACAGCCUCCGGAUCAAGAGCAAGUCGGUGACGGCCAGGCCACCGCAGCAGUGGGAAAAGGUGGCUGCCACCACCCCCCACCUGCAGCCGGAGGCUGGAGCACCAUCUGCUGGCAGAGGUAAGAGGAAACCAGUGCUGUCUCUCUUCAACCACAAGCAGCCCACGGCCCAGGAACACAGCCCGCCCAAGUCCGGCUCUGCCAGGGAGCUAUCGCCGCGGCGUUUCUCCUUCAGCCCCUCGGCCACCAGCCCGAGGACCACCUCGCCUGGGGCCUGGCACAUCCCCCGAAGCCCCCUCAGCCCCUUGGACACCGAGACUUUCAACUGGCCUGAUGUCCGAGAGCUCUGCUCCAAAUAUGCCUCCCAGGACGAGGCGCUCCAGGCCAAGGGCAGCCGGCCGCGCAACCUGCCCGUCAACCGGAGCCACUCGCUGCCGGAGAACAUGAUGCAGCCGCAGCCACCCCUGUCGGGGAAGGUGGGCCGCUGCUGCAGCCUGAACGCCAGGAGGGCCCCGGCAGGCCCAGGGGUCGCCCAGCCUCGGCCUCUGGCGGGGUCGCCUCCAAAUGCGCCGGACGGAGGGGAGGCCCUGUACGUCACCGCAGACCUCACACUGGAGGACAGCCGGCGGAUGGUCGUCAUGGAGAAGGGGCCCCUGUCCGGCUCCAACGCGGGACUGGAGGCAGGCAGCGGGCGGGGACCGAGCUCACCAGCGGCCCAGGCGGGGCAGGGCCCGGAGUUCCGGGGGUGUGCAGAGUAUCGGCCUAAAGAAGAGGGUCCCAGGGACCCGGCAGACCCAAGCCAGCAGGGCAGAGUGAGGAGCCUGCGGGAGAAAUUCCAGGCUUUGAACUCCACAGGUUGA